CGUGACUCGCUGCGCAAUAUCCCCAGCAUCGUUCUUAAUGAUGGAGGGUCGCGGCCAAGCUCGCGGUGGUCGGAACGGAGAUGGACAGGUCUGAGGAGCAAGAAGUCAUCCGAACUCGAAGACCCGCCACCGCCACCGCCGCCAUUACCUAGCGACAUGUCGCAGCCGUUCAAUGGGAUCAGCCUGGAUAUCCCCACGGCGGAGUUGGAGGAGAUGCAGUCACUGAGAUUUUCCAAGCGAGGGAGUCUGAUCAAGAGCUCUCCGAAACCGCAGGCACAACAACAACCACAACAACCACAACAACCACAGCCGCAGGAAGUGCAGUCGGAACAGUCUACGUUGUCAGCUACUUCCGCACCGUCGGCUACGUCUACGGAGCAGACCGAACAGACCGAUCAGGCAGAGCCUAGGGUGGUUGCGCGGAGGGCUGAGAGCAGCAGACGAACCAAGGUCGUGCUGUCCGCUCGUCUACGCCAGUCGACUCUGUCAUCACGCGCCAUUUCGGCAGACGAGGAUAUGCUGUCUCGCCGGGUGCGGCUGAUGUACGAAAAGGGCAAUGAGAAUGUCAGCGAUGCGGAGGUUGCAAAGUCGAUGGCACUCGAGAAUGGGGUCUUGUGGGAGGAGGGCGCAGUCAGCGGCACCGACACCGACACAGAUACAGGCACUUGCACCAACGGGCGACCGAGUGAGACACUGCCCCGUGUGAGUUCUGAGGAGGCUCGGGACGCUCGGGACGCUCGGGACCCGGCCUUGUUCAAACGAGAAUCCAACGAGCUGGCUGGCGGUAUCGAAUACUGGCAGAACAUCGGGGCCGGUGAUGUGGAUCGGUACGGCUUCAUCCGGCGCAAGACAAACGAGUCGGGCGAUGGCACCGACCCGAACCCGAUCCAACGCGUGUCGACCAGUCUCCUGCUGGCCUCUGAGAGUCCGCGGCGCAAACGGUCGACAAUGCGUCCUCCGUCAGCGCUGACCAGCAGCAACCGCUCCUUUACUGGUCGCUCCCCGACCCGCAAGCUGUCCGACACAUCGAUGCGGCCGACCUCAUCGCAAAGCGGCUAUGGCACGCCCCUCCGCCGGUCCACGUCGCGGUUUCGCUAUGCUACCAACCACCUGCCGCACAACCGUGAUCGCCGCAUGAAAGACGAGGCAGCAGACAUGCUCACUCUGCCGCAAAUGGCUACCGCCGGGGACGGACCGGACUCACGGCUGUCGCGCGCGAUCAGGAAGAAAGAAUGGGAACGCGAAGACAAGUGGACGAAGAUGGCCAAGCCGACGCGCAAGACGCACGACGGCGGCGGCAUGCGGUUCGAGUUCGACACCCAGAGCUCCAAGCUCAUCGAGCGCACCUGGAAGGGCAUCCCCGAUCGGUGGCGAGCGACGGCGUGGUAUGCCUUUUUGGAGGCGAGCGCGCAGCGCCGUGCCGACAGCCCCUCGGAGACCGAGCUGAUCGAAGCCUUCCACGAAUACCAGUACAUCUCCUCGCCGGACGACGUACAAAUCGACAUCGACGUGCCGCGUACGAUCACCAGCCACAUCAUGUUCCGCCGCCGCUACCGAGGCGGCCAGCGGCUACUGUUCCGCGUCCUGCACGCCAUGUCCCUGUAUUUCCCCGACACGGGCUACGUCCAGGGAAUGGCUGCGCUGGCUGCCACCCUGCUCGCCUACUACGACGAGGAACACGCGUUCAUCAUGCUCGUGCGGCUGUGGCAGCUGCGCGGCCUCGAGCGACUCUACCGCUCCGGCUUCUCCGGCUUGAUGGAGGCCUUGAACGACUUUGAACGCGAAUGGUUGGAGAGCGGCGAAGUAGCCGCCAAGCUGGAAGAGCUCGGAAUCCCCCCCACCGCAUACGGCACCCGCUGGUACCUGACGCUAUUCAACUAUUCCAUCCCCUUCCCCGCCCAGCUGCGCGUCUGGGACGUCUUCAUGCUCCUCGGAGACGCCGAGGAAGUCCCUGUUCGAUCCCACGCGGGCAAGGCCUCUUCCCACGACACAACCACCAACGCCUCCUCGUCCUCAUCACCGCCAUCCCCGUCCUCCUUCGGUCGAGGCCUCGACGUCCUGCACGCCUCCUCCGCCGCCCUGAUCGACGGCAUGCGCGAGAUCAUCCUCGACUCCGACUUUGAAAACGGCAUGAAGGUGCUCACCAGCUGGGUCCCCAUCCGUGACGUCGAGCUCUUCAUGCGUGUCGCCAAAGCGGAGUGGAAGGUCCAUCACAAGAAACGU